GCUCCGCUGGGCCCGCAGCUCGCCUGCCCGGUCCGGCCCUGAGCGAGCCUCGAAUGUCACUCUAGCGGGUCAUGAGCCAGAGCGCCCCGCGUCGCAGUGGGCGCAGCGAGCGGAGAUAGCGGCCUCGCGCCCCCUGGUCUCGCUGUCCUGACGCGCGUCCGCCGCGUCCUCGUCCCCUUCUGUCCUUUUUUCGGGCCCGACCGCCGCCAUGGCCACUCUGCUCCGCAGCAAGCUGUCCAAUGUGGCCACGUCCGUGUCCAACAAGUCCCAGGCCAAGGUGAGCGGCAUGUUUGCCAGGAUGGGUUUUCAGGCGGCCACGGACGAGGAGGCGGUGGGCUUCGCGCACUGCGACGACCUCGACUUUGAGCACCGUCAAGGCUUGCAGAUGGACAUCCUGAAAGCAGAAGGGGAGCCCUGCGGAGAGGAAGGCGCAGAAUCGCCCGUCGAAGGGGACAUCCAUUACCAGCGCGGUGGUGGCGGGGCUCCUCUGCCGCCCUCAGGCUCUAAAGACCAGGGCAUGGGGGCCGGUGGUGAGUUCGGGGGCCACGACAAACCCAAGAUCACGGCGUGGGAAGCUGGCUGGAACGUGACCAACGCCAUUCAGGGCAUGUUCGUACUGGGCCUACCCUAUGCCAUCCUACACGGCGGCUACCUGGGAUUGUUCCUCAUCAUCUUUGCCGCCGUGGUGUGCUGCUACACCGGCAAGAUCCUCAUCGCUUGCCUGUACGAGGAGAACGAGGACGGCGAGGUGGUGCGCGUGCGGGACUCCUAUGUGGCCAUAGCCAAUGCGUGCUGUGCUCCGCGCUUCCCCACGCUGGGCGGCCGCGUGGUCAACGUGGCGCAGAUCAUCGAGCUGGUGAUGACGUGCAUCUUGUACGUGGUGGUGAGCGGCAAUCUCAUGUACAACAGCUUCCCGGGGCUGCCCGUGUCGCAGAAGUCCUGGUCCAUUAUCGCCACGGCCGUGCUGCUGCCCUGCGCCUUCCUAAAGAACCUCAAGGCCGUGUCAAAGUUCAGUCUGCUGUGCACGCUGGCCCACUUCGUCAUCAAUAUCCUGGUCAUCGCUUACUGUCUCUCGCGGGCGCGCGACUGGGCCUGGGAGAAGGUGAAGUUCUACAUCGACGUCAAGAAGUUCCCCAUCUCCAUUGGCAUCAUCGUGUUCAGCUACACGUCGCAGAUCUUUCUGCCCUCGCUGGAGGGCAACAUGCAGCAGCCCAGCGAAUUCCACUGCAUGAUGAACUGGACGCACAUCGCCGCCUGCGUGCUCAAGGGCCUCUUCGCGCUCGUCGCCUACCUCACCUGGGCGGAUGAGACCAAGGAAGUCAUUACGGAUAACCUGCCCGGCUCCAUCCGCGCCGUGGUCAACAUCUUUCUGGUGGCCAAGGCGCUCUUGUCCUACCCGCUGCCCUUCUUCGCUGCUGUGGAGGUGCUGGAGAAGUCGCUCUUCCAGGAAGGCAGCCGCGCCUUCUUCCCCGCCUGCUACGGAGGCGACGGGCGCCUCAAGUCGUGGGGGCUGACGCUGCGCUGCGCGCUGGUCGUCUUCACGCUGCUCAUGGCCAUCUACGUGCCCCACUUCGCGCUGCUCAUGGGCCUCACCGGCAGCCUCACCGGCGCCGGUCUCUGCUUCCUGCUGCCCAGCCUCUUCCACCUGCGCCUACUCUGGCGCAAGCUGCUUUGGCAUCAAGUCUUCUUCGAUGUAGCCAUCUUCGUCAUCGGCGGCAUCUGCAGUGUGUCCGGCUUCGUGCAUUCCCUCGAGGGCCUCAUCGAGGCCUACCGAACCAACGCGGAGGACUAGGCGUGCGGGCCAGCC